AUGCUGCACUGGCUGGCUGGGGCGAAGCAGCCUGGGGGACUGACAGACCCAGACACGACAGGCUACGCCGAACCACCAGAGACCCCAGCGCCCGUCUUCGCGGUACGCGCCUUCAAGCACGCAAUCUUUGGCACGCCGCAAACAGUACAGCCAAAGCCGCGUAGAAACUCCUCAGAGAACGGAAGGCCCCGCAACGGCGACAACAAGGCGGCGAGACCUGGUAUGACCAGGCCAAAGAGCGCCAGCGAUGCGCAAACAUUAGCCAGACAGCGGCCGGCCGAUCCGCCAGAACCAUUGGCUUCGCCAACCAAGGGCAUCCUUCUCACGCCUGGUACAGCCGCAGCAAGAAAAAAGAACGUGACUUUUGGCGACCAUAUCUUCGAUAACGAGCAGAAGAGACCGUUGAACGACAGCCCUGCCGAGGAAGGUGCGGGCGAGGCUUUAGCGAACGAAAGCGAUCUUGAGGAUGAGCAACCCGAGAAACGGCGCGGACGCGGCAAGCUCACAGAAGCGUUGGAACAAGCACGUGACGAAUCAAGAAAACGGAAACCCAAGGCUGAGAAGAGGGCUCGCAAGGCCGCUGAAGAUCCGAUCGACGUUCCGGCGGAGUUCGAGGACCCAAAGACAGAGUCUGGCAAAUACUGGAAGCGCGAAUACGACAUCUACCGCACAAAUACGCAGCGUGAGGUUAAGAAGCUCGUUACCAAACAGCGUGCCGCCAAAAGCUUCGCGAUGGCAAAAGAUUUUGAGUGCACCGAGCUGUCGGACGAUCUGGAGCAGGAACGCAAGAAAGUUGAGACGCUCGAAGCGAAGAUGGACGAAUUUUCAGCUUUGAUGAAAGACCUCCACGAUCAGCUCUCUUCGAGCCGAAAAGAGUCCGAGGCUAGAGCUGAAGAGAUCGCCAUGUUGAAGCGGCACUUUGGCAGGAAAGAUUCUGCUCGGCCAUCGAGUGCUGAUACAGGAUCGCUGGUGCCCCUGCAGAGAACAAACUCUUCUCAGCGGGAAGAGCAUGCCGUGGUUGAUGCCCAGCCCGACCCAGUGCAGCGGCCGUCCGAACCAUACAACCCAUCCAAAUCAUCCAAUAGGCCACGUAUGGACCUGCAGACGCUGAGGGCUCGGGUGAAGUCCAAGCCAGAGCCAAGCCAACCGAAAGCAGCCGACGACAUUUGGGCGCAGUCUUUUGGCUCGCCCAGUCCAGUCUCUCACCGCAAGUCUGAGCGAAAAGCUCAGAGGCCCAAAGAUGAGGACAAAGUGGAAGAGACACCCCGAGCUACCGCUCUGCAGACUCUGGACGUUAACACGCUUGCCAAUGGCCGAGGCGAUGACCGAGACUUUGCGCCGAAGCCUUCUGAGAGUGACCGCUAUGCGCAACCCAGUGUCGAAGAGUCGACAUCACCUGAUGGCUCGGAAGGGAAGGUUGACAAAAGACGACUACCCGACCUGCCCUCACCUGCAGGUGACCCAAUCGUCCCAAAGCACCCGGAGCCCAGCUCGACUAUAGAACGCGCAAAAGUCAUCGAGGACGCCGGCGACACCGACCUGUCCAUACCAGUUCCCGAAUCCAGCCCGUUCGAACCUCAAGCGAAAGUCCUGCCACCACCACCAAGACGUGGCGCCGCUCCGGCUGGCCCUCGCGACGCACCCCCUUUGCGACCGGUGCAACCCGCCAUCAAUACGAAGGAGAACGUGUCACCAACUUCGGCUCCGUCCAAGCCACUUCCGCCUCCUCACGAUCCGGGCAUGAAGCCUUCGGCGAUGUGGACGUCCUACAACAACGCUCCUCAGCCAAGUAAGAGAAGCGGUAACACGGUUGGGAAGAAUGGGAAGGACGCCAACGCAGAACGACUUGAGGCAGCGCGCGCGCGGAUCAACGCGAGAGGGAGAGUUGCGACAUGA